CUGGCACUCUGUUCAAAUCGAGCGCUUUAACAAACAUGUCAACUUCACAGUGGAUGGACACACACAACACUUCCGCAGUCCGGGACAAGAGGACACACUGGAGAUAGAUUAUGAGUUUUGGAGGAAUACCUUUGCCUGGUAAGCCUGGGACGUUUCUCCAUGAAAAUUUCCAUGGCUGCAUAGAAAACCUCAACUACAACGGCGUCAAUGUUAUAGACAUGGCGAAAAGACGGAAGCCGCAGAUCUAUACAGUGGGCAACGUGACAUUCUCAUGCUCGGAGUCUUCCUCGGUUGCUGUGACGUUCCUCAGUACCACUGGCAGCUUCCUGAUGCUCCCUGCAGAUUACAGUAUGGAGAGUCUCUCUGUACGACUGCAGUUCCGCACAUGGAAUCAGCAAGGGCUGCUGUUCUCAGUCCCACUGUCUCUUGAUCCGGACCCCAUUAACCUGCUUCUGCAGCUCAGCCAGGCUAGACUACUCCUCUCACUCUCUGGAGGGACACAAAACUCAGCACAGGUGUUCAGCGGUGAGAAUUUGAGUGAUGGUCAGUGGCAUUCCAUAGCCAUCGAGGUCAAGGGUCACAAGGUGUCUUUAACAGUCAACAACCAGAAGCCCGUCACUAUGGAAAUCAGUGGGUUUAUUCAGAACAUGCAAAGAACAACCAUCUUCAUCGGAGGCUGCCCUUUAUUCCAGAGCGAUUUCAACUGUGAAACCCCCAACAGAGGAUAUCAGGGCUGCCUUCGUCUCCUGGUCAUCAACAACCAUCCAGUCGAUGUACUUCAGAUUCAGCAGGAAAGCCUGAGCAACUAUAGCCAGAUUAGCUUUGAUGUUUGCAACAUACAAGACAGGUGUUUGCCCAUUCUGUGCGAACACGGUGGUCAAUGCAUCCAGUCAUGGGACCAGUUUUACUGUGACUGUUCUGGAACAGGAUACACGGGGGCCACCUGCCACAACUCAAUAUAUGAGCGAUCCUGUGAGGCCUUCAGGAAAACAGGAAGCCAGUCGAGUGUGUUUACAAUCGACCUUGAUGGGAGCGGACCUCUAGAGCACACUCAAGUCAACUGCACCAUGGCAGAAGAUAAAGUUUGGACCGUAGUGGGGCACGAUCACAUGAGGAUCAUUGACAUUCGAGGAUCCACUCCACGCAGCCCUUUUGUUCUCAUCUUCAACUACACCAUCUCACCAUACCAUCUCCGCUCGCUCGUGACCUCCUCGGAACACUGCCAACAGGAAGUGAUAUAUCGUUGCAGAAAGUCUCGGCUUUUUGACACCUGGGAUGGAACUCCUUUGUCAUGGUGGCUGGAUAGAGACGGAGUGAAACGAACAUAUUGGGGAGGAUUUCUGCCUGGGGUCCAGCAGUGCUCUUGUAGUUUGGAUGGCAACUGCAGGGACAUGAAUUAUUUCUGCAACUGCGAUGCAGACCAAGACACCUGGGCGAAUGAUACUGGUGUGCUGUCUUACAAAGACCAUUUACCCCUUAGUGAGAUCGCCAUUGGAGACACAAACCGGACAAACUCACAGGCUGAGCUCCAAAUUGGACCGCUGCGCUGCUAUGGCAACCGAUUUUUCUGGAACUCUGCAUCUUUUUACCAGGAAUCCUCCUAUCUGCAUUUCCCCACCCUGCAAGCUGAACUGAGCAUCGAUAUUUCACUCUUUUUCAAAACUAGUUCCCUCUCAGGAGUCUUCUUGGAGAAUCUGGGUGUCAGAGACUUCAUAAGGCUGGAGCUUAGUUCUCCCUAUACAGUGAACUUGACUUUUGACCUAGGGGAUGGACCAGUAAUUAUUACCAUUCAGUCGCCUGUAGCCCUGAAUGAUCGUCAGUGGCAUUAUAUUCGUGCUGAACGAAAUGUGAAAGAAGCUUCUCUACAGGUGGACUCUCUGCCGCUGAAGCUAAAAGAAGCACCAUCUGAGAGACCCUACCGGCUUCAGCUCAGCAGUCAACUCUUUGUGGGAGGUACAGCUUCUAGGCAGAGAGGCUUUCUGGGCUGCUUACGUGCCCUCAUCAUUAACGGGGUGACCCUUGACCUGUAUGAACGUGCAAAGACCACCCCGGGGGUGAAUUCAGGCUGCCCGGGUCACUGCACCAGCGACAGCGUCUGCCAUAAUGGAGGGAGAUGUGUGGAAGAGAGGAGCGGUUACACCUGCGACUGCACACAGACAGCCUUCGACGGGCCACACUGCAGAACAGCUCUAGCAGCUUCCUUUGAAAGUGGAUCUUCAGUCCUUUACACUCUCCAGGAGCCAUUUUCCGGGAUACUGAACGAGGAGGCCAGAAGAUCACCGGCAGGUUUCCAUGAUGCAGAAGCUACCAAAUCUCAAGAGAAAGUGUCGUUUGGAUUCUUGACGCGUCAUGUGCCAGCCUUGAUCCUGACAGCUUACACUCUGGACCAGCACUAUAUGGCUGUUGUGCUAACAUCAAACGGCAGCCUGCAAAUACGAUACUUGUUGAACAAAGAAAAACGAACAGAAAAGUUCAGCCCAGUGUCAUCCAGUCUAGCAGACGGACGGUUUCACUGGGUCAAAAUCAAUCGAAAGGGACAGGAGCUGUUUGUCCAGAUUGACAACACAAUAACCCAGCAGUACAGCCUGUCUCCUGGCUCUGCUCUCAGCCCGGCGAGGUCAGUGAUUCUAGGGAGAAUCCAAGGUAGUGACAUUACUGACAAGGAACUGGUCCAGGCUGGAUUAAGAGGGUUUAUUGGCUGCCUGUCCUCUGUGCAGUUUAAUCAGGCUACCCCUCUGAAGGCAGCCCUGCAAAACAGCCAAAGCCCGUUUGUUACUGUUAUCGGCCGUCUGGAAGCAUCAAGUUGUGGGACUAUAUCCAGCUUGAACACUUUGAGCAAAACACACACACACGCAGAUGACUCUGCAAAAACAGACCAAGGCAAAGACCCACUUAAAAAGGCUGAUCAAAAAGACUUGGCACUAAUCGGAGGAGUAGUGGCUGCAGUGGUGUUCAUCACCCUCUGUGUGCUGGCCAUCAUCAUCCACUUCCUCUAUCAACACCGACGGACUCCAGCACCCUCCGUGAUCACCAGAAAGACGCACCACCCCAGCAUGGAGCAUACGGCAUUCCGGACUGCGCUGGACCUGCACAAACCCAACCACGACAGCAAAGAAUACUACAUCUGACCUCACCAUGUCGUGCCUGGCCUUUAAUUGAACAGCCUGUAGCCUAGCAAUCCCACCGCACUGUAUUAUCUACACUGCAAGCUGAGCAGCCAAUCAGAGGCCAGCGAUGACUCAACAAGAAAUUACAACAGAGAAUUUUUGUUUGUUUUCUUAUUUUCUGUGAAGAGAGUAAAGCUUUCGUGAAAGUAAGUGUGUGCUCCUGGAUGAUGACAGAGCUGUAUAUUGUUAUUUUACGGGCAUAAUAAUAGGUUAUACAUGCACAGCACACACACUUUCCAAGCAACAGCACAGUAGGAGGGCUGAAGCAUCAGUCUGAAUUGUCUUUAUCCAGUGUGCCUGCUUAAACAUGUCUGUCUCAAAGACCGCAUAUACAGUGGGCUUAAGCUAAUGGACUGAAACCCCAUUGGAGAGGGUUCUGAGAGAAUUAUUUUGUGGCAUGGUGGCGGACCUUCCCAGACAUUGUUUUUAAAGGAUCGAUCAUCGCUCAACAUGAAAAAAACAACAAAGCAAGAUUAAAGGCGUCCGCAUCUGACAACACUGCAUUUGAUGUCGAAACUAUUGACUAGUGCAAGGAGCCGCUAAAGGCUGGGAUUAACCACCAAAGGACUAUAAGAAUAUAUCAGCGGCGGCUGAGGGAUGGAAUAUGAGUCAUUUGUGUGUAUCCCAAUUCCCAUGGGCCAGGCAGAUUCAGGCAGUUUAAUUCUCUAUCCCACCGUAAUCGAGCCGGUCUCACAAAUGAACAUAACCCGGCAUGCCCUGGGAACAAAGUCUCGUACUUAUUGAAGUGCAUUAUAUCUCCUGACUAUACAAAAAAAAAAAAAAAAAAAAAACCUUGCCUUCUAUUGAGAAUUCAUUUUAUGGCUGUUUUAUUUCCUGUUUUUUAUAUAUAUAUGACUAUUGUAAAUUAAUGGUGUACAUAUGUUUCAUAAGUAUAUUUAAUAAAUGGAGCUUUCUAAGA